UAUAAAAGACUUUUUAAGUAGUAGUUUAUCGUAAUUGAUUAAAAUGUCAAUUUUAUUUAUAAAAUGUAUUUAUAAUCUGUUUUUCUGCAGAGAAUACCUUGUUUUUGUACAAAAACCUUUUGAUAAAAUAUGGUAAGAAAUGGUUUAACAUGGCUGAAGAACACACCAGAGGCAGACGUCUGAAUAUUUGUAUUUUACAAAAUUAUCUUUACGUUUAUGUCUUUUUUUAGAUUAUAGCUGUUUUUCAAAAAGUGUUAUCAUUUGGAAUCAAUCACAGUAGGAUCAAACAAGAGUGUUCUAAGAAUCUAAAAUCAAAUUGAAAACCAUCCUACAAUAUUUGAUUCUUAAAGGGAUAGUACACCCAAAAAUGAAUAUUAUGUCAUUUACUCACGUUAUUCCAAACCUGUAGGACUGACUCAAACUAACUUCCUUCUAAAUAUCUUUUGUGUUCCACAGAUGAAAAAAAAAAAAAAAAAAAAAAAGUCACACAGUUUUGGUACAAUAAAUGUGAAUAAAUAAUGUCGCAAGUUUGAUUUUUGGGUGAAUUGUCACUUUAAAGGAUUUGGGUUUGAUUCCAUUAGGAAAUUGUUGAUAUUUUCAGUUCUACUAGCAUUCCUUCAAGAUUUCUUGACGUAAAUGUGUUGGAAGUUGUCAAAGGCUACGCUGAAACACAUUUAUUUACCUCAUCUGUAAAUGCUUAAAGACAUUUUGUUUUUCUAAAAAUAUUGGAUCUAAUUAUAUGUACUGUAAGCCAGCUUAUAAAGUGUUCACUUCUAUUAUUGGUCUAUUUUAUGUGCGUGUUGUAUCUUGUGAAAUUCCCAUAUUUUAUUUUUCACUAUGGAUUGAACUGAAUGGCACUGUUAAUAAAUUGUUUAUGCUCACUUCCCAUCUGUUUCUCACUAAAACCGCUCUUGUCAAAUGUUUGAGGUGAUCUAUUACACAAUAGUAAAUUUUCACAAUGGUUAGUUCCUGUACGUGGUCGUUGUGGCUCUAGUUUCAAAUCAUAAACAUGGAGAUGUCCGGUGUCACGAGUCUGGAGAGUUAGAUAUUGGUUAGCUCUUCAAAACGUGUCUUGUCAUAGCAUGUGAAUUGAAGGUAAUACUUCAUUUGUUAUGAUAUUACGUCAGUUCUUUCCAGUAAUAAGGAACAUUUCUGGCAGGUUUCCUCUGCACGUUUUGUGGAUAUAUUAAAUUCAGCCAGACUAUUCUCAUGUCCUUUAUGUGUCAGUGUCCCAGCAGUCAAAAUAAUUCAGAUUAUGUCUGGAACUUCUAGUAUUCAUUUACAUAACUGAGCAUUAAGUACAAAGAAUAUGUGCCUUUUUAUUUAUGUUUUUCCUGAGGCAAGCAACAGUAGCUGUCAUACAUUAAGUUAUGGAUUUAAGCAAAUAUAUGCAUAUAAAUAUAUAUGAAUAAUCAAAUAAACACCAUUGCAAUGCACCCAGAACACACUUUUUACACUUACAUAAAUAUCCCAAUAUCAUGGCAUUUAUAGCUUGGUAAAUUCAUUGUCUAUGUUGAGGAAAUCCUCAGUAUUUGGGCAAGUAAAGGGUUUCUUUCCCUAAUGCAUAACAUGUUUUGCUUCUGAACCCAGUUUUUACAUUGGACUUUGUUUAUUGUACAAAAAAUAAAAUUGUAGUAUUUAUUCUAUUAAUGUGGAAUUUUAAUUGUUACCAUGAAUGCCACAGACCUAACCAUAAGCAACAUUAUUAACAUGACUAAAGCUGAAUGGGACAAAUAUUGUAUGGAUAUAUUAUCCAUAAGUGACCGGUACAUUUGCAUUUGUACAUUGUUUACAUUUGACAUUUUAUGCAAACAUUGCAUUCAAGGUAUUUUUAUUUAUUUAUUUAUUUAUUUAGUUCAUUAUUUAUUCAUUUAUUUGGGCUGAGAAUCACUGCUUAGUACUGGAAUUUAUAUUUAUAAACUAAACAUAGUGUGCAAAUAUUUGACAUUUUGCACAUUGAACAAAUGCAUGUGAAUUUGGUUGCACAUGACAUCACUCACCACAAUCUGACACAUGACUAAUCAUUCAAAAGCAUGACAUGGGAGGAGUUAUGAGUGGAUAUAAACUUUAUUUUCUGUUUUAGAUCUAUCUAACACCAUAAAUCUCUCUACAAACAAACUGUAAGGUUUCUCACACUGGACUGAAUCAUGGUGGAAACUCAGGAGUUCUUUCCUUUUGGAUGUUUACUGAAAUACCUGUUUACUUUGUUGGGAUUGGUAUUAUUUUUGCUGGAUAUAGCGCUGGACAUUCAGACUGUUGUGUUAUUUUAUCAGGAUGGGUCCUAUGUGUACAUGGCAGUGAUGAUCUUUUUGCUGCUGGGCUCUUCAGUGUUGUUACAGGUGUUCAGCUGGAUCUGGUACUCUGAUUCCGUGGGCAAAAUUGAGACUAAGGUGGAGAAAUUUGCAGACAAGCAUUUAUUGAUCAAACCAUUCCACUUCUUGCAGCUCGGAGUCUGCCUCAGGUUUGCUGGGGUGAUAGAGACUUCCACAGUGGACUUUAUUCGUCGCAUUAAAAAUUUCAGAAAUGGUGUGCGGCAUAGUGUCAGAGAGGAUGGGAAGCUGAAAUAUGAUUUUCUGAUGCUUCGUCUGUUUGAGGCAUUUUCUGAAAACAUCCCACAACUCACACUCAUUUUGUCUAGAAUCCUACAGAGAGGAGAGCUGGAGCUUAUUGCAGGUUUAAAAAUCCUCACAGCAGCUUCUGCAAUUAUCUUUAAUGUUGCCUUGUACCACCAAGGCAUGCAUGUCCAUGGUUCUAAAGGAUGCAAGAUGAGCUCGAUCUCCACUGGCGUCUACUUCCUGUGGAACUUGUUGCUGAUCAUUCCCCGUGUAACUGCUCUGGCGCUUUUCUGCAGUGUAUUGCCAUGCUUCAUCAUAGCUCACUUCCUGUCCUUGUGGAUGCUGCUGGUUUUGGUGGCCUGGAGCCAGAAAACAGAUCACAUGAAAAGUCCUGGUUGGGAAUGGCUCUACAGAGCUGCUGUUGGACUCAUCUGGUACUUUAGCUGGUUUAACGUAUCAAAAAAAGGAAGCAUAAAAGUAAAGAUGGCUAUUUAUUGUAGUUUGAUGGCUUUGGACACAACGAUGCUGCUGGGUUUCUGGUGCUGGAAGGUGUUUGAGUAUGCAGGCUGCUGGAGCUCCUUGAAUCCUUAUGUAGUGACCUCGACACUCCUAGGUUUGAACGCCAUUGGAAUACUAGUGAAAAUAAUAUACUACAGAUGGUUUCAUCCCAAAUUACCUGAACCCAGUGAAGGUGUGCAGUUCAGACAAGCUGUAAAAUAUGAUGCAGACUCAACAGAUUCAACAGACUCAACAGACUCAUUCCCGGAAAAUAUAGCUGCAGCUCCUGCGCAGCCUCUCACUGGAGUCCUCAAGAGGAGCAGUACCAUGUUUGCUAAUUUCUACUUCUAGUACUUGGUUGAACUUUUUGAAGAUUCCAAGUUUGUAUUAAUAAUGUAUUUAAAAUAAAGUAAACCACAGUGCAGAAGCAAAACCAGAAUUUACAGAAAAACUGAUCAUGCUGACCAAACUGUAAGUCGUAGAGACUUAAAACUUGGAGGGAGGGUAGUACUCAGACCACCUACAACGUGACCAAGGCUCGUCCCAAUUGGCCUGACAUGGCUGCUACAGUGAACAAAAAUACGAAAUUGACAAUAACUUCUAAACCGUCAGUCACAGGCUCAAGUGUCUUUUGUCAUUGGAAUCCUUGGCUCACGCUGGACAAAAUGCAUGCUGUGAGCCUGGCGAAAUUUUCGGGUAUUUUGCGAACUAGUCCUAGGUUUUCGCCCAAUCAGAACCAAACCAGUGCACCAAAAGAUAUCAAUAAUUAUCAAAAAAGCGGAACUUUUGACUCACUGUCACAAAGGCAUGCCAAAACGUUUCAAAGGGGCAGGGCUGCUUUUAGUAAAAUGCCUAUGACUCCUGAACAGAAUGAGAUAUCUUCACCAAUCUUAGAACACUAAUGUAAGUGCUUGAUCUGAGGUCACAGGAAAAAAUCACAGCGCUUGGCCACUGUGGCACUAUUAGAGGGGAAAAACAUAAAAAUAUAACUAUGCAACCAUUUGUCCUCUCAACUUGAAAAUUGGUGAGCACGGUCUUGGUCUAAAGUGCCACAAGUGUUUAUAAGGACAUUUGCGUAUCUCAAAAAACAUGGCUGCCACUGGCCAAUGAAAUUUGAGCUCCUGUUAGCCAAGGUUAACAGAGGCUGAUCAGAAUGAAACUCUGUGGGCCUGACUCACGGCCCCAAAGCUCUGAGAGAAAAUUGAAAGAAUUCAGCCAAUGGGGGGGCGAUAUUGUAUUUUUAAGGGUGUAAAUGAUUGUACGUUGUGCAAUAUUUGUAUCAUAUGAUAGAAUUCCUCAUUCUGGACAACUUUGCCUCUAGAACCACUGCUGUUCAUUAAAUUAUUUGUUAAAUGAUUGAGAAGAUGUCAAGAACUAGUCCUAGGUUUGGAAAAAAAACACGCAGUACAAUUCUUUGGACUCUCUAGGUCAAUUCUUUGGACUCUCUUUUUUUGACCUCUCCAGGUCAAAAAAAAAAAAAUUAAAAUGUACCAUUUGGGAAGCUAUAAUGGGGCUGUUUAGAAAAGGGUCCUGUCCAAAUUUAUCAAAAAUGCUAUAAAACCUAAAGGAAAAUGUAAAACUUCACGAAUCCUGGUGAGCACAUGACACAGGUGAUUCUAAACAAGCAUGCUAAGUUUUAAGGAGAUCGGACCACAGCUGGCACCAUAACAGUCAUCAAUGUUAAAAAACAUCAUAUUAACUGUAUUUGCCAAAAAUGCUUUUUUCAGUUAUUGAUUUAGGUGGUUACAGACUUGCAAAACAAUAUGUCUUUUUUCACAUUAGCUUAAAUGUUUUAAAGUGCUUGAACCUCUGUAACCGCUGCUUGCAGCUAUAUUAUAAUGUAUUUUUGAUCUGGAAGACUACUGGAGAUCAACGUACACAGAACAAUUUGUUAUCAGCAAUGUUAUUAUCAAAAGUUGUUUAUCUAAGAGUGUUUUGUGAUGACAUGUUGUCAUACUACUUUUGCACAGAUUUCAUUCAACAUAGUAUUGUCAUGAUACAAUGUCCAGAACCAAGUGAUCUCAUAGUGAUGUUGACAUUUUCCCUGAUUCUGUUGCUGUGUUUAUGACACACUAAUAGAUUGUUUCAUUUAAGACAGUGUGACAUGUAAAUAUUGAUUAAAAGGAUAGUUAAUUCAAAAUUAAUUAAUUUAUUUAUAUAUUUAAUUUUUUAUUUAUUUACUCACCCGAAAGAUAUGUCAUACAAUGUUGGUCAAACUGUUUGAAGACCAACUCUCUUUUCUAAUUACACAAUUUUUGUUGCCGUAAUUUUUGGAUGGACUUGAAUAUUCCUUUAUUAUUCUGAUAUUUGUGUUCAUGUAUAACAUGUCAAAUGAUUGCACUUUAAAUGACAUUUCAGUUUUCUUAAGUAGCAGUUAAGCACUUGGUGAUGUGUAUGUGUGUGUGUGUGUGUGUGUGUGUGUGUGGAUUUGGAUGUACUUGAUACAGUAUAUACAAAUGUAUAUAAAAAUGGUUUUAUUUUUCAUUGUUGUUGUUGUAGUAUUGUAACAUUACCUAAUAGUGAAUGAUAAGUUUGGUAAGGGCCUGUACAUAGUGUUUGUGGUUCUAGUUUCUUUUGAAAUCACAUGCGUGGAAAUAUCUGGAGUCACAAUUCUAGAAAGUUAGAUAUUGAUUAGCUCUUUAAAACAUGUAUUGCAUGCAAUGUUAAUUCAAGCGAAUACAUCAUGAGUUAUGAUAUUACAUCAGUUCUGCUCAGAGACUUUUCUGACAGGUUUCCACUGAAUGUUUGG